UUUAAACACAUCUAUUUAAAUAGUGUGGGUACAAUGACAUCAUACUGAAUAACAUAUAAGUAUAAGGAAUUGCAGUUUCUACAGGGAUUUUAAGAGACUUAUCUGUGAAAGAAUAAUGGGCAUGGAAAAAUGUGACUGUGUAUAGGUCUAUUCCAAGACUACGAAAAUAAUUGAGCGGAAAACAAUAAAAACUUUACAGAAAUAGCAUGGGUUCCGGUGGAAGUAGAAAAGCUACACCAACCGUUUUAAAGGGAUAUAGACGAGAGAUAAGCAAUGUAUCGUUGAUGAAAGUAAGACAGAAAAAGGUUGUAAGGAUCGAUGAAGGUGGAGCAGAGACAACAUCUAAUACAACGUCAACCAACGCCAAAGUAAUUGUGUCUUGUACUAGCAAGUUGGAAAAUAAUCUCUCAAAUAAUUCGGAGGAGAAAACUGAAACUGAAGAUAUGGAAGCUUUAAAAAACGUAGUGAAGAUGGAAGAAUGGAAAACAAAGACGGAAGAGGAAACAAAGACGGUACAUGAUUCAGAUUUCAUUAAAACAAUAUAUUGUUCUACCACGUCAGAGUACCCGUUACACAAUUUUGGAAAGAUUGAUUACAAUGUAAAUGCAUAUCAUGGAGGACGUACUGCAAUGCACUUCGUCUCGACUACGUCUAUCUAUUACAAUACGGAAUUGUUUUUGGUACGAUCCGGAUAUGAUGGUAAUCACGUACAAUAUGAGCUCCUUUCAAAAAUUGUCCCAAGUCCUUCAGUAUUUUAUGAAGAUCAAACGAAUAGCUAUAAGGUAGACGAAGAAGGAAUGCUUAUUGCUGAUUGUUACCAUGGCAAUAAUCACAUCAUGCUGUUAACAAACGACAGUAAAUAUGGCAAUCUAAGGAACGGGGUGUGUGUAGAAAUACAGGAGAAUAACUCAUCAGUAGAGUUUCCUUUGAAUGUCAAUGGAGGGAGAGAUGAACGUGGAAGUGGAAUUACAUUGAUACUUUGUAGUGGCGGAAAAGGAGACGAAUCCAUAAAUACGCUGUAUUUAAUUCUCUCUGAGACAGAAGGUAACAAAUUCCACAGUAAAGCAAUUUCUGGAGAGGAUAAAUACGAAUUUUCUGUUAAUGAAGAUGGCUGUCUUUGUGUAAGUGGACCAGCCGGAAGUCGAUUUGGUUUAUGGCAUAACAGAGAUAAUUUAACAGCAACACCAACGUUAACGUCACAUACUUUUGUCAGUCAGACGCAGUGCUUGGAUGGAAACGAAGCCUUACCACUAGUGGAAAACGUCACAGAACAUGCUGCAAUAGUAGUCCUAUGCUCAAACAGUAACGGAAUGGAAGAUUCUACGGUUUCCAGUGUUUAUCAUUUAGUGAUAAAAGAUGGAAAUCUUGUUGCGACAAAUGAAAUAUCUGGUUGUCAUGGUACCAAUUACAAAAAAUCGGACUUAUGGAAUUUCGAAGUUGUUGGUGGUUGUUUGCUGGCUUCUGGACCUACUGGACCUUGUAGAUAUGGGGUUUUAUCCAAUAUAAUAGCAUCUAAGGAAGAAUUACAGAAAUCAUGCAAACAAGAUUUCUGUCUAGCAACAGGCGAAUCAACAAAAACAAAGGGGGGUAUAGAAGUGACCUUAGAAGAAAUAAAAGGGCAUGUCAACAAACCUUCAGAGAUUUGUGUAAUGUUAGACCAUAAAAUAAUUCAACUGAUUCCCAUUGAUGAACUUUCACAGCAAAAUGGAUCGUAUUCAUUCAAGUAUUUAUGGAAAAAAGAUGAGGGAGAUGUAGGGCACUACCUGGUACGAGUAUUUGCUAUCAGGAAACAUGUCAGAAGUGGUGAGGAUAUUUACAUAGAACUAACAGAUUCUCCACGUUCUCUGAUUAGACAGAAACCGGGAGUUAUUUACGCAGUGAACGUCGCAAGCCCAGUUUACCAAGACAUGAAUGACAUUGUAUAUUCAAGUGAAUUUUCAUUGUUUGCCAAUUUCGACCCGACUUUUGAAAUAGGUACCCAAUGGAAAGCUGCAGGGUUGCCUAAGCAUAUGGCAAAUCUUCCUGCUUCUCUAUUAAAGACAAAUGACGGGUUUCUAUACACUAGAGCAAGAAGAGCUGAACAAUAUAAUGAGUUUGACCACAGGUUUACUUACAAGAUAAACGACUUACCAAAUGGGACAUUCAAACUAAGAUUGCACCUGACACAGCCAACAAUUCAUUUAGUAAUAAAUGGGAACGAUGUUAAUGAUGAAGUACACCAGAAAAUUAAAGAUAGUAUGGAAGCAGGAGACUUAAAAAGCACUACAGCUUAUUAUGUCGACAUUAACGUGGAGAUAACAGAGAACUGUCUAUUAAUACAUAGUCAGAGUGGAUCAGAUGUCUAUGCGAAUUCCGACUACUUGUGUGCCUUUGCAUUACUUGACAAGUCCUAUAAAGACAAAGCAAUUGCCGUGAGUCAGAUUAAAGAAGAAGAUCAAGAAAAACAUAGAUUGGCAGAUAAAGCACUUCCAAUGAAUAUUACUGUUACCAGAAAAGAGAUAACAGUUGUUGGAUGGUCUCCAAAUCUACUCAAGAAUGCAAGUGGUGAGAACAAAGAUAUGAAACACUGGAACACAUCAGGAGACAUAAGAGUAUGUGAUGCAUCUGGAUAUGGGACUGAGGCUUGCUUUAAAACGUCGCAUAUGUGGUCUGGCAAAUAUCAAGAAGUAAAUCUACUUGAUCACUUUGCAGCAGAAUACUUAGAUAAGGCACCUGAUAUACAGGUUUCUGAGUGGUAUAAACAAGGGCAUUGUUCAGGAGGAUUCUACUGCUUUACAGCCCAACUCAUGUCAGAAGAUGGCCAGGUUAUAAAAGAAUAUACAACAGGAGAAUUAGGUUCCUUAACUAAUAACGAUUGGCAAGAAGCUUCUGUGACUUUCUCUGCUUAUGGAUCUGGGGUGAGGAUCGUCACGUUUUCAUCUAAAGGUAAGGACGACAAAUACUGGACAGGGUAUUUUGGUCCUUACAUAUCAGCUGCUGGAAUUCGUGUGAAGAAGGAAAGUAAACCAGCCAAAGAUGACAGCUUUUCAGAUAUUGAUCAGACUGACGUCAGUACCAAAAGGUCUAGUUUAGAAAAAAUGGUGACGAAUAUUCUUACUAGCAAUCAGAGUAUGUUUGAAGAUCUUGUUGACGACAAACAUUUACCAGUUGACCAGGAGUUCGAAAAGCAAACAGAUAUGUCUAAUGAAUUAGCCUAUGGCUGGAAGGGAGGUAAAAGACAAACUCACAAAAAGAGGGAAAUCAGAGUAUUUGUUUCAAGCACAUUUCGAGAUUUUACAUUGGAGAGGGAAGCAAUUAUCAAAAAGGCUUUCAGAGACAUAAAUCGUCUUUGUGUAGACAGAGGUGUAUUCUUUACUUAUGUCGACUUAAGAUGGGGUAUAACAACUGAACAAACAAAUGAUGGCAAAACUAUUGCUAUAUGUUUACAAGAGAUAGAACGAUGCCGGCCAUAUUUUAUCUGCUUGAUGGGGGAUAGAUUUGGCUGGAGCCAGACAGAAGAAAAAAAGGAUGAAACUCUUAAUAUGACUUUUGACUAUGCUAUAGAGAAUAAUCCAAAUCUGAAGUGGAUUGAUAAUUAUAGAUACAAUACAAGUGUAACACAGCUUGAAAUUUUCCAUGGAGUCCUCAAUAAUCCAGAUGAUGUAAAAGACAAAUGUUUCUUUUAUCUCCGUGAUCUACCAUCACAAGAUGAGGUGUCACCAGAGCUAUACAAGCGUCUUGUUAGUGAAUCUGAAUGGCAUAAAAAACAACAGGACUAUCUGAAGUCAUUGGUACAACAGCAUCCAAAAAUCAGUGUAAAGAAGUUUAAGCAAGCUGAUGAAGUAUCUGAACUCAUAAAGCAGGAUUUAAAAGGCUGUGUUGAUCAGGAAUUUCCAAUUGGAAGUGAAUUAACAAAACUAGAACAACAAGGUGAAGCACAUGCAGCUUUUGCAUCACAGAGAUGUCGAGUUUACAUAGGAAACCAGAACUAUUUUACAGAAAUCAACAACCACAGAAGUCAGAACAUAUCACAACCAUUCAUUAUACUUGGAGAAUCAGGUUGUGGUAAGUCAGCGCUUGUUGCUAACUGGGCGAAACAGGUUGAGGAUUCUGAGAAGGACACAUUUAUUUUUCUUCACUUUAUUGGAAGUUCAGCUGAUAGUGCCCACUAUAUAAAAAUGAUCAGAAGAUUAUUUGAAGAGAUGAAAGUAUUCUUUAAUUUUGAUAUGCAGAUUCCUUCAUCAGAUACAGUACUAGUACAUGAAAUAGGGAAGUGGCUUCGAUUGGCAGGAUCUCUAACAAAAUGUGUCAUAGUUUUUGAUGCUGUAAAUCAACUGGAUGAUGGAUCGGGAGUAGGCGAGAGUACUGAACAUGAUUUGUUGUGGAUACCAUCAGAAAUUCCGCCCAAUGUUUUUCUAUUGAUAUCUACACUUCCUGGCAGGGCAAUGAACGCCUGUAUUGAAGCUGGAUUUCCAAGUAUGAAAGUAAAACCUCUACAAGAAUCACAGAAAAUGCAGAUUAUCACCGAUUAUUUGGAAGGAAUUUACGGAAAAUCAUUGACUACGGAACAAAAAGAAAUGAUUAUCAAUGUAAAACAGACAUCAAAUCCACUUUACCUGAAAUCUCUCUUGGACGAGGUCCGUAUGUUUGGAUCAUUCAGAACACUGACAAACAAAAUUUCCGAGUAUUUAUCUGCUGAAAGUCCACAGGAUCUUUUUGCCAAAAUCCUUGAAAGAUUGGAAGAGGAAUUCGAGAAGGGACAAACUCCAAGAAAAGAUCUUGUGCGUGAUGCUACCACUGCUUUGUGGUGCUCCAACAGAGGAAUGUCCGAGUCAGAGCUGGUUGAAUUGUUAGAUAUACCAAGUGCUGUUUGGUCUCCAUUCUACAUAUCCUUAUAUGAGAACUUGGUUAAUAGGAAUGGCAUCUUAAAUUUCUUCCACGAUCAUCUACGACAGGCUGUAGAAAGGAAGUACAUCCCUACAAGUGAAGCUAAAGUCAAAGGUUAUAUGUGUCUCGCUGAUUUCCAUGCAGCUAAGGAAACCAGCGACAGAACUGUAGAAGAAUUGCCUUUCUUGCUGACCAAAGCUGGACAAUUGGACAGACUUAAAGAAACAAUUACAGAUCUGGAAGUCUUCUAUAGAUUAUCGGACAAUGAGGAUGGAAUUUUUGAAUUGAUCAAAGCUUGGAAAACGCUUGGUGGAUUCGAUUUGUCAGAAGAAGCAUACAUGUCAAAGGUACAAAAGAUACCCAAAGAGGAUAUAUUGCAAAAUUCUUCAUACUUCUGCAAAUUGUACAGUCGAUUGGGAAAUUUCUUUUUGAUCAUUGGAAUCAUGGAAGCAGCAAAAAAGAUUUUCAAAACACUGAUUAAACAGUUGGAGCUGAACUAUGGUGAAUCUCAUGGGACUGUGGUGUACAAUGUACAUGACCAUACUUGGAAAUAUCGCUGUAAACACCCAGAUGUUAUUAAGGGAUUACAUGAACUUGGAACUGUGUACAGCAAACUUGGCGAGUAUGAUAAGGCGGUAAGAGUAUACAUUGAUGCCAUAAAUCGCCAGAACAGGGUUACAACACCAACACAAAAACUACAGUUGUGUGAGGGGUUGCUUGGUUUAUCGUCAGUAUACAUUCAGAAAGAAGACAUGUUAGAAGCUAAGAAACUAAUGUUGAGAGCAUUAGAAUUAGCGACAUUUGUAUUAGGAAAGAAACAUAAUUUUGUAGCGGCCAUUUUCACAAGGCUUGGCCAACUUUCCUACAAACAAGGCCGUGUAGACGAAGCAUUGGCCUAUUGUCUACAUGAUCUGAAGGUGACGAGAAGCGAGGUCGGUACCAAUCAUCCACGCACUGCCAUUGUUCUUAAUGAAAUUGGGCUAAUUUACGAUGAUAAGAAUGACAUCAUGGCACCACAGCUUUAUGAAGCCGCUUUAUCAAUUUUUCUGGAAACCUACGGCAAAAAUUUCCUCGGAACUGGAACAAUACGGUACAAUUUAGGAGCGUUUUAUUUUGGCACAAAUCAUUUUGCUAAAGCCAAAUACCAGUUUACCGAGUCCUACAGGGUAUAUGUGUUAUUUCUGGGAGAGGAUCAUCCCGAGACCAAAGCCGUAAAGCAGGCGCUGGAUGCUGUUUCCAGUAUGGGAUCAGACGAAUAGAGUGAAAUUACAUGCGUGAUUUAGUAUUUUAACACUAUGCACUAUUUAUUAGCGGUAUCUGUAUAUUAUAUUCUACGAAAAAAUCAAUUGUUAAUCAUGAACAAUCCAGUACAACAUUCUUAGAAAAAAAAUAAGCAUCAUUCUGAAGAAAAUUGAUUUAAAAAUAAUCGUUUUUACUUUUAAAUGGACUUAGUUUUUGGCAGGCACCAGUACACAUUAAACUGACAGCAGCAAUCGCAGAUUUCACGGAACCCUUUACAAAUUUUUUGUUUUACCUGUAUAACUUUCAUUUAUUUUACUAGACAAGUUUCAUAGGAGUUCAUAUUAGUUUUGUCUUUCAUUCUAGUUCUAGUCUAAAACACUUUUUCUAUACUACUGCCUCAUUGAGGCGAGGUAUAUAGUGAUGCACAUGUCCGUCCGUUCGUUCGACACACUUUCGGCUUCCUGAUGAUAAUUAAAGUACCACUUGAUACAAUCUCAUAAACCAUGCACUUAUUUCCCUUGAAAAAAAUAUUGUUUUUGUUGUUUGUUUCAUUGACUAUAACUAAAUAUACACUCGGCAAAAUCUGUUUUAAAUUUUAAAGGGGCACUAGCUACGAGAUAUAUAAAAAAUCUAAAAUAUGAUUUUUUUUGUUCAAUCAUUAAUGGAAGUGAAAUAGUGCAAUAAUAAUUCGCUUUUAGCAGCCAGUAUGGUUCAGUUUUGCCAAAAUAAGCUAAGAAACAUUGAUGAUGAAUUUUUCACUUGCAAGUGAAUAAUUCGACCUCAUUGAAUCCGUAUUCAUGUGAACUUCAAUUUAACCCCUUAGCUAGAGAUGGAUAACGCAUAAAUUGUGCGUGUUAAGUUAUUUAAAGGAAAAGAAUGUCAACAUUAAAAGUGAAACAAAAGUAAAUCAUUUGAUUGACUGAUUCGAUCCACAAAACAUCAUUCUUAUACAGGUAAAAACGAUGAUUAACAUAUAUUUUUAAUCUAUAAUAUGAAAUUAAACAGACAUAGAAAAAUCAAAUUGCACGAGCUCGCAAUCUGUUUAUAUCUAUAUUUAUGUGUAUAUCGCUUAUAUGACCAUCGGAGGUUUUCGGAGGUCAACUCGAUAGUUAAUUAGAUGGCGUCUAGACUAAAAUACACACGAAACGAAGCUACAUAUUAUCGAGCCCAUGCCCUGUAAAUUGUUUAUUUUAGACAUUUUAUAAUUUGGAUAAAUGUUUUACAUUGUUAUAAAUCAAAUACGAGAAUUUGAAGCAAAUCGGUGAACAUGAAUUUGACAGCUAGUGCCCCUUUAACAUAAGGAAAUUGAACCAUAAACUAAAAGUUUAUCAAGAGUUAUGCUCCUUGGGUUUCUAUAAAACAAUGUUUUUUUCGCGUUUCCUGAUUAUCCGAAUUUGACAGAAUUAUUUGUACUUGUCUGAACACAAUCUUGUGGACCAUAAUAAUACAGAUCAAGUUUAGUUUUGAAAGCGGACAUUUACCGCCCAAGACUUAGGCUGUGGACGGGUGUAUCGGUGAUCACCUAUGUCUAGUUUUAUGAUUUAUUUUUCAAGGGCUACUAAACUGAAUUUCAAAUAUUUGUAAAACAAAUUAUAGAUGUUAACUAUUUAUUUGUGUUUCGUUAAUUAUUGAAAUGUCUAAUAUUUUUAAAAUUUGGCAAUGCACAAAUGAAAUUAUCCUUGCAUUUAUCAUUUUAAAGCAAAGGUACAAAGCGUAAAACUAAUGGUUUCAUAUGAUAAUUAUGACAUCUUAUUGAUUUUAAAAUGUAUAUUGUAUAUACAUAAUAUGCAAACUAAUAAUACACAAUGCAGUUACAUAUUGUUGUUUGAUCUUGUAUGUUCUAAUCAAUGUGAAGAAUGAAAGUAAUGAUGCAAACAGAAGCACUUUGUGGUAUAAAUAUUACUACAAACUUUGAUAUUGAAUGUGUAUAUUUCUACACUUUAUAUAAUUAUUAGUUACUUUUUAUUAUUUAAAUAUUUAUAUCUGUAAUUUUUUUUAUCAUUCUAAUUUAUUGUGAGCCGAGUUGUAACGUAGUCAAACUUUUUGAUACUCGUAUAAUAAAAAGCCGUCCAAGCAUCUGGACAUCAACA